AAGGGUUCACUCUCUUUCGAUUGGGUGCGUAUUACGGAUGACGCUGACGGCCACAUGGCGAGCUACGUGGCCGAGGUCCUGCGUUCGUCUCCGGGUCACCACCGAGACCAGUUACAUCUACACUUUAGAAGCCGGGGCAUUUAGCAGACAUCCCUAGAUGUGUUUCUUCGGCUCUGACGGAUGUGUGGAACUGGGCUUCGAGGACUCACGCCCAGUCCCACCAGAGCUGGCCCUCCCCCCUCGGCCUCACUGUCACUCCGGCAACCUGCAGGGCGCCGGAGACCUGCUCCUUUAAGAGGAGCCUGAGCCUGGGCCAUCUUUGUUUCUCGCGCCCUCCCGCUGCGCCGGCGGAGCAAACAUGACCCACGCUGUGCGGGCGCUGUGGCCCGGCGGGAUCGCUCUGACCUGGAGGCUGGGCGGUCGUCCCGCGCUGGGACUCCCCGCGCAGAGCCGGGUCGGCUUAACCGGGGCGGCGGGAGGCCCGGGCCCCGCAGCCACCACCCGCAAGGGGGGCCCACGGCUCCUGGGGGCGGCGGCGCUGGCCCUGGGAGGAGCCCUGGGGCUGUACCACACUGCACGGUGGCACCUGCGCGCCCAGAACCUCCGUGCCGACCGCUCAGCCGCGCAGCUCUCCCUGUCCAGCCGCCUGCAGCUGACUCUGUACCAGUACAAAACGUGUCCCUUCUGCAGCAAGGUCCGCGCCUUCCUCGACUUCCACGCCCUGCCCUACCAGGUGGUGGAGGUGAACCCUGUGCGCAGGGCCGAGAUCAAGUUCUCCUCCUACAGGAAGGUGCCCAUCCUGUUGGCCCAGGAAGGAGACAGCUUGCAACAACUGAACGACUCCUCUGUCAUCAUCAGUGCCCUCAAGACCUACCUGGUGUCGGGGCAGCCCCUUGAAGACAUCAUCACCUACUACCCACCCAUGAAGGCUGUGAACGACCAGGGCAAGGAGGUGACCGAAUUCUGCAACAAGUACUGGCUCAUGCUGGAUGAAAAGGAGGCCCAGCGGAUGUAUGGUGGGAAGGAGGCCAGGACGGAGGAGAUGAAGUGGCGGCAGUGGGCAGACGACUGGCUGGUGCACCUCAUCUCCCCCAAUGUGUACCGCACGCCGACCGAAGCCUUGGCCUCCUUUGACUACAUUGUCAAGGAGGGCAAUUUCGGGACCGUGGAGGGCGCCAUGGCCAAGUACAUGGGCGCAGCUGCCAUGUACUUCAUCAGCAAGCGGCUCAAGAGCAGGCACCACCUCCAGGACGACGUGCGUGAGGAUCUCUACGAGGCUGCCAACAAGUGGGUGGCAGCUGUGGGCAAAGACCGGCCCUUCAUGGGGGGCCAGAGGCCGAACCUGGCUGAUCUGGCAGUGUACGGUGUGCUGCGUGUGAUGGAGGGUCUGGAGGCCUUCGACGACCUGAUGCGUCACACUCACAUCCAGCCCUGGUACCUGCGGGUGGAGAAGGCCAUCGCUGAGGCCCCCCAGUGAACUGAGCAUCCCUGCCGGGAGGAGGGAGGGAACAGUGGAAGACACCGGCUGUGGGGGACCAGGGCCGCUGGGCCAGCACCUGCUGAUGCUGUGAUACAGUGCAGCAGGGGACAGGAUCAUUCGACCUCUUGCCCACCCACCCUAACUGCCCCCUCGCUUCUAACACUGGACGUCUGCUGGAGCCCUGGGGCGCUGGGGGACAAAGCCCAGGCUCAGUUUCCAUUCACAAAUGUACCCCCGCCCCCCCGGGGCAUGGAAGGCUACCUCCCUCACCAGCUGGACCCCCUCCUGGCCCUCCCUGCUCUUUAGCCUUCUCUGGGGCUCUCAAGGCUGCCGUGUUUACACCCCGUGGGUGGGAAUCAGGUUGGGCUCCUGCCCUGGGCAAGGGAAGUAGGGACCGUCCGGUUUGGGGAGGCCCCAUCCCUGGCUCCCCCUGGUUCCUGCUCUUCCCAGGUGUCCCCAGGACUGUGUGUCAUGUUCACAAUAAAGAAAAGGUUUGCUGCUCCCCGCGUGGCGGCACCAUAGUGGAGGUCCGCAGCCAGUAAA